CUGGCUUAGCAAGCGAGGGCGGCAUGGAGUGCUAGAACGUUGUUGCGUCAUUUCGCUACCGCCUCCUGUGACGCAGCACAACGCCCCGUCUCUUCCGUACCGGCAGUUUCUUUCUCUUCGCCGCUCCCGAGCCUGACGCGCGCCUGACGCUGAAAUCGAGUCCUUCCGCCAGCCGUUUCCUUCGGGUGCUCCGCGUGCCCUCUUGGUCACCGGGCGCUAUGAAGCACCUGCCAUAUUUCUGCCGCGGGGAAGUGGUGCGGGGCUUCGGCCGGGGUUCCAAGGAGCUGGGCAUCCCUACAGCUAACUUUUCUGAGGAAGUGGUUGAUAGCUUCCCAUCUGAUAUUUCUACUGGCAUAUACUAUGGAUGGGCUUGUGUGGGAAAUGGAGAUGUGCAUAAAAUGGUCUUGAGCAUUGGCUGGAAUCCUUAUUACAAGAAUGUUAAGAAAUCAGUGGAAACACACAUCAUUGAUACCUUCAAGGAAGACUUCUAUGGAGAAAUACUUAGCAUAAUUAUUGUUGGAUACAUAAGACCAGAAAAAAACUUUAAUUCUUUAGAUGCACUCAUUGAAGCUAUUCAAGAUGACAUUGAAGAAGCUAACAAAAACCUAGACUUGUCAGAACAUCAGAAAUUGAAAGAAGACAACUUCUUCCACACUGCUGCUGUUAGCAAUAUGACUAAUGGUCACUGAGUGAUGCCGCUUCCUUUAUUUUCAUUGUAAAUUGCACUAAUUUUAGUGGUUGUCCUUUUGAGAAAAAAUCUCCAAUCAAUAUACCUGUGGUUUAGGAGCUCCGCUUGUAUGGGCGUUGAAUUAAAAUGGAUAGCCAUAAGGACUGUUUUUAAAUCAACAUAUUGUAAUGGUAAGUGAGAAACAAAACAAAGAACUUUAGGAACGAAGGUUUUACCAUACAUAAUACAAUGUAUACAAACUGUCAUCCAAGGCUGGGCAACCAUCAGUUUACUAAAUAUAGACAAGUAAUUUCUAAAUGUUACUAAUUAUAGUUACCAUAUCUUUAAAUACACAUCAUUUCAUGAUUUUUAAGUGUCAAAACAAUCAUGCUGGAAGUCUUUAUAGUGAGCGAAAAAUAGGCUGUUUUCAUUUGGAUGCUUGGCUUUUAUUUGUUAUGUAAUUAAAAGUGAAUUGGAUCCAGAGGGAAAUUAGUCACGCUUCAGGAUAUAUGUUGGUCAUGACUAACUUGUGUCAUUGAUUUUUAUGAAACUAAAAUGUAACUUCCUCUUAAUUCAAAUAAGUUUUUUUGCAUAUUUAUAAUAGAGCCUACCUGUUGUACUUGCUUCUAAGGUAUGGUGCAAAAUCCUGGUUUCCAGAGCAGUGUUUGAAUUCAGUUAAAUCAGACAUUUUUUAAAAACCAAGUACCCUUGCCUUGACUGUAGAAUGAUAAAAACAUAUUGCUCAGUCUUUCUUCUCACCAAGUCUAGGUGCAACUUGGCUGUUACAAAAUGGAUUCUAACACGAUAAAUGGAGUUUUCAGUGGUGAACUUAGUCUACUUGGAAGAAGAUGUGGUGCAUGUAUGGAGCCUACUUUGCUGCUAUAUAAAUGUGGCUGUUACUGCUUGAUGUACUCUGAUGCAUGUGCACAAGUACUGAUUAGCUACAUUACCUGGUUAUAGAAUUUGAUAGGGUAUAGCUUUAAUUUAUUACUUGCAUAAUAUAUGACUUACAUGCAAUUUUAGUGAUAUGCAUAUGGAUAUAAUGGUAGGAAGCAAGGUUGAUUUGCCUAAACAAUUUUUAGCUUUUGUAGAAACAUAAUUGUUAUCAGAAUUGUGUGUCUAAGUCUGUUUCUACAUAAAAUUCUCUUUAGAAGUACACAUGGUAUAGUCUUAGUGAUUAAUGUGCGUUGAAGGUUUGAAGCUUUUUAUAUUAAACGUGACCAAAGUCCUACAAUGAAAUGUUAGACUGCUUUACAAAAUGCAGUGUUGGAAUGUAAACUUUUGUGCAUUUAAAUUAAAAGUUCAGUCCCCAAAAAGAACCUAAAUUUAGAAUAAUGCAAUACUGUAGUAGGUAGCUAAAUAUGUAGCCUUUUUCAUGUGGUUGAACAUGUAUACAAUGUGUUUUUGGGCAGUAGGAUUGCAGUGGCAAGUCCUGCUAUACACUCAUUUUGCAGACAUACAAGUGAGUAUACAAACUGUCUACACAGGUGAGGACCAUGCUUUUUCCAGAGUUCUCAACUUGGUGUUUGAGCUUACAUGGAUAUAAUUCAUAUGCACACAGGUUGCAGAUAGGCAAAUAAAUGCACAGGAAACAGGGCUUGCAACUUUAAUUCUGUUUGCCUCCUAUACAUUGAUUGUAUCUGUGUGUGGCUGUGGCAAAGAUGCUUAUAUUUCAUCUGAAAAUUUUCCUGUUGUGUUAAUUUGCAUUAUUUUGCAAUGAAACUCCUGGUCCCCUCUUUUGUCACUGUUGAAAUGUUCCUGUAGCCAUAUCCGAGCGAUGUAGUGAAGUUUAUAUAUUUCCUUUUCUGUUUCUAUCUUUAGUAACAUUACCAAUAUUCUCUCUCCCCUGUCAUCUUACUAACAAUUGGGAUUUCCACAUUUUUAAUUGAUUUAUUAGUUAGUCAUAAUUUGUGGAUGCCACUGACUCCCAAGUUCUGUGUGCCAGAAAAUGUGUGUCCCAGCAUGCAGGCAGCCAGCCUGUCCCAGCAUGCUUCUGCUUCUGUCAUCGUCAAGGUUCAGCAGCACAAAGCAAGGUGGACUUUCUCUUCAUAUGAUGGGCUUUUGAAGCCAGCAAAAGCACUUCUGCCUACUGUAAAUUUCUGUAGUGUUACAUGGAAAAAUCCCUUCUCUAACCCAAUAGAGGGGAAGGGGUCAUGUCAUGCAGAGCAAAUGGCUGGGGCAACUGCUUCUGGCAAGCAGGUUUGCGGAGCCUUGCCCCACCAUAAUUAAAUGUUAGUGGUUAGUAGUAAGCAUACUAUCUUACUGGGGCCAUAACACGAGAAUAACUGGGGUCUUGAUAUUACCUGUGAGUGCUUGCGAGUUGUGGUUGUCUUACUUUAGAAAUGAGUGCCUUCUAGAAGGGUUUAGUUUACGAAUUGUGAACACUAGUGUUAAACAUCAUUACCUGCAUUUGAAUUAUUCAUUGAGUAUGUGGUACUGGCAAAGUACUUUAUGUUUGAAAAACUACACUAAUGUAUGAACCAGAAAAAUGGUUUAUUUUUCAGUCCUGAUAAAAAUGUUAGUAUAUGAAAAGUGAGCAUUUAUUGAAUUCUGUCUUUUUAUAUACCUGUAUUUAGGAUAAAUGAUUCAUUUUAAAAUUAUCACUACUUUUAUUAAGGGUUUUAUUUUUUAUUCAUUUCAACAAAUAAAUUACAGAAAACGUGUAUAUGUACUAUUCAGUUUUGUCACACUUGAUGGUACAAAAGACAGAAUAACAUCGAUAGUUUGCCCACACCCAGUAUUUUCUUCUAAUACAAUAUUACACUUCACAUGCACUGCGCUGCUUUAUGUUGGGGUAACAGUUUGCCA